GUGUCUCUGGAAGCCUCGGCACGGCGGAACCCUUGCGCUCGCGAGAUUGCGCCUUUGGUAUCCGGUCUUCCUUUUCGCACGGCGGAACCCUCGGCACGGCGGAACCCUUGCGCUCGCUCGCUCGCUCGCCUCGGCACGGCACGGCGGAACCCUCGGCACGGCGGAACUCUGUGUAUCUGGUCUUCCUUGCCCGUUGAGUGCGUUGGCCUUUGAUUUGAUGACAACUUGAGCUAGGGUUUUCGUUGUUUUCCAUCAUCUGAUCAAAAUCGCUCAAUUAGGGAAGAAAGAUCAAAAUCGAAGACAAGAGGGAAGGAGAGAUCAAGAAGGGCAAGAAAAAGAUCGAACAAGAGGAGAUCGCGAGGGGUUCUUGGAGGACGAGAUGGCGUUGAAAUUUCUGAACAAGAAGGGAUGGCACACCGGGAGCCUCCGGAACAUCGAGAACGUGUGGAAGGCGGAGCAGAAGCAUGAGGCCGAGCAGCGCAAGCUCGAGGAGCUCCGCAAGCAGAUCCAGGACGAGCGCGAGAAGUCCGAGUUCCGCCUCCUCCAGGAACAGGCCGGCCUCGUCCCGAGGCAAGAAAGGUUGGAUUUUCUCUACGAGUCAGGAUUGGCGGUGGGAAAGGGGAGUUCAGAUGGGUUCAAGGCUCUUCAAGCACCACCAGUGGCGGCUUCCACUACCUCAACAUCCGAUGCUAGUUCCUCCAAGGCUGCCGUUCCUGGAGCUCUAUUUGAGGAUAAGCCUCAGUCUGCAAAUGAUACUUGGAGGAAACUUCACUCUGACCCUUUGCUCCUUAUCCGUCAGCGUGAGCAGGAAGCACUUGCUCGAAUAAAGAAUAAUCCCAUAAAGAUGGAAAUGAUUAAGAAAUCUGUAGAAGAUGAGAAAAAGAAGAAGCAAGAUAAGAAAGAAAUAAAAAGGCAUAAGGAUCAUCACCACAGUAGGUCAAAGCAUGAUAAACGCUCAUUGAGACGUUAUUCUGAUUCAGAAUACACAAGUGAUACUCAGGAAGAGAAGACAAGAGAGCGUCAAACAUCUGUACAGCAAGAAGGUAGGUCGAAGCGUCGGAAACAUUCAUCAAGAGAUCAUUCAGAUUCUGAAGAUGCUAAAGAAGGUGCAGAAGGGAAAAAAAAGAGUGAUUGCCCGACAUAUGAACAUUACCAGCACAGAAGUUCUAAGUAUGAUAAGCAUUCUCUGAAGGAUUAUUCAGAUUCAAGAAGGGCAGGUGAGUGUGAGGAAGAGGGGAAGUAUCGUCAUACAAUAUUAGAGUGUCAGCAACAUAUCCACUCAAAGAACGAGAAGCACUCAUCCAUAGGCCAUUCAUAUUCAAGAUACACUCACAAGGAAGAUGGGAGAAGGUCUAAUUAUUCUGCGUCUGAACAACAUCAUACUGAUUCUGAGCUUGGCAUGGAAGACAAGAACAGGGAAACCAGCAGGCAAAGAGAACAGCCUGGCUAUAACCGUCGUCGCGGUGUACCAAAGAUGUCGGAGGAAGAGAGAGCAGCUCGGCUAAGAGAGAUGCAACUGGAUGCAGAGCUCCACGAGGAGCAAAGGUUGAAGCGGUUGAAGAGAGCAACGGAGGCUGAUGCCCAAGAAGCAAUGAGGGCAAGCUUUUCAAGAGGCAAGAAUUUUUUGGUUGCUGCCGAAAAUAGCAUAUAUGGAGCUGAAAAGGGAGGGAGUGCUACGAUAGAAGAGAGUGUCCGUCGUCGUGCUUACUACUCGCAGGGAAGCUCAGCAGCCCAUGAGAGCAAUGCAUUUCGGCGGUGAGCAUGUUCCUGUCAUAUGUCAUCAUGUUGAAUCUGCAUAUGCACAAUUAUUCUGUUUUGAUCAGAUUCUUUGUGGAUUUAAUAUUGCCCAAACACUAUCUCUGGAUGCAAGAUAGCAAGCAGUGAACACACCAACGUCAAAUACUACCGUUCAGAGAUCAGUUUGACAUGUUGGAGGGCGUUUAUCAUAAAUUAUAUGAAAGGUCCAGCUAGUAUAGCAGUGUAUGCAUCUGUAAACCAACAGUUCAUUGGAGCGGUGGGCUUACGGAAACAAUGCAAGGCUCAGAGUAAUGAUACUAUCUAGCUUUUCUAGUAAAAGGCUGUUUGUUCGCACGGUUGCUUUCUUAUAUUAUCUUUUCUCACAAGAUUUGUGAGUUCAUUCUGCUGAUUAAGUGAUAGAUUGUGGUGAUGGUUCCCCCACAAAUACAUACUUUCUUAUAUUACCUUUUCUCACAAGAUUUGUGAGUUCAUUC